UCUCCGCGCCGCUCAGCUUCACCAGCCCGUGCCCCGCCGCCGCAGGAUACCACCCCCCUUCCAAUCCUGGAACCUUCGCCCCCAUGACGUGCUACGGCGACGGCGACGACGACGGCCGCGGCGACUGGCAGGAGAGCCCUGGCCAGGACUUCCUCUUCACGGCGGAGAUCGCCGCCGUCCGCGCGGUGCUCGGCGAGAGCAUCCCGGAGGCCUUCGUCCUCUCCGUGCUCCUCCGCAGCGGCGUUGGCGGCAACGCCGAGCGCGCCAUCAACGUACUCCUCGACGACGCCGCCGCCGCCUCCGCCGCGGCCGACGAGGACACCAAGAAAGCUCCCGUCAAGGCGGAGCGCGACGUUGCUGCCGAUGACGCAUCCCCGACGCCGACGCCGAUGGCUCUUGCCAAGGUGAAGGCCGAGCCCCGCGAGGAGGUCAAGAAGGAGCGGCCCCACCAAGGUUCGCAUCCCGUCAAAGCGGCGCCUUUGCCGCCGCGACGUAUCAACGAGGACGAGGAGGAGGAGGUGACCAGCCGACUCCGCGUCGCUGGCUCCUGCGGCAUAAGCCUCGUGCCGAGGCCACCCGUGGUGGCGCGUGCCGACGACGAUGUUGAGAUCAACGACGUCGCGCCGAGGUCCAAGAAGAGGGUCCGGGAAGAAGACGUGGUCGACCUCACGGCCACGCACCCGCUGCCGUACCUCAACCCGAAGCCGAUCCGGGCCAUCCCGUCGCACGAGGCCGCGGGGAUGUACGACCGCCCGCGGCCGGUCAGGGCGAUUGCGCCUGCGCCUGAGAAGGAUUGGAAGAUGGUGGUGGCGCCGCCGGAGGCGGAGCUCGGUGACUUCCCGCCGGAGCCUGACUGGUUCCUCGUCGAGAAGUCCUACGUCGCAGGGCUGUCCACGCACAGCGGGACGAGGAUGUUGGACGCCGGCGAGAUCGUUCAUUUCGCCUUCCCGUCCUACGACAGGAAACACUGCGGGAUCAAGAUGUCGGCCAAGAAGGCGGCGGCGUUGGCCAAGAUUGUGCGAUUCUCCACCAAACGCGCGGGAGAGAUUGGAAAGCUAUCUACAGAGUGGACAAAUUGUCUCGUCCCGCUGGUAAACUCAUCCAAGGUUAAGAUCCAGGGGAAGAUUGUGUUCCCGACAAUGGAACUGAGGUUGAUGCAGGAGAUUUUGCUCUAUGUUAGCUUCUACAUCCACAAGUCUGUGUUCACCGAGGGCGACAACUCAUCCUUGAGCAACCUCGCUCCUGCCAGUGUUGAUUUCUCUGACAACCCUCUUCAUGCCUUGUUCAAAUUACUCAAGCUAAGGGCAUCUGUCAAGGCUGAUUUCGGUCUUGAUGAUCUCACAAGGCAGCGAUUGUGGAAUCUGAGGGGUGAUGCCAACAGCGAUGCGGAAUACACUCCUAUAGUUGGACUUGAAACACAUCGCACCGCUGGCCAAACUUUUCCAGAGCAAGGCGCCAAUGAGCAGGCCAUCUCAGAGGCUGCCUUGAACAAAAUUAUCGGCACAGCUGAAACAUAUGACUUGAAGGAAGCAGAGCCCCCAAGCACUCUUGUUUCAACCUUGAAACCGUACCAGAAAGAAGCUCUCUUCUGGAUGUCUGAAUUGGAGAAGGGAAGUAUUGAUGAUGAAACAAAGCAAACUGUUGAUCCCUGUUUUAGUGCCUACAGUAUUGCAGACAAGAGGGCUCCGAAAGUGUACAUUAAUGUUUUCUCUGGUGAAGCGACAACCCGAUUUCCAAGCUUAAGUCGGACAACACAAGGAGGGAUACUGGCAGAUGCAAUGGGUCUUGGCAAAACUGUCAUGACUAUUGCUCUUAUACUGUCAAAUCCAAGGGGGGAGCAGUCCAGGUACAUAGAAAGAGAUGUGAGGCCUGUAAGAGGCCGGGACACCAGAGCACGCACCUCAUCACCCUCCAUAAGAGGAGGUACCCUUAUUGUGUGCCCAAUGGCAUUACUGGGUCAAUGGAAGGAUGAAUUAGAGGCACAUUCAACACAAGGUUCUCUUUCUGUGUUUGUAUACUAUGGUGGUGAUAGAACUGGUGACCUAAGAUUGAUGGCUGAGCAUACCGUUGUCUUAACGACUUACCGUGUCCUUCAAUCAGCUCACAAAGCUGAUGGCAGCAGUGUCUUUCACAGGAUAGAUUGGUAUAGAAUUGUUCUUGAUGAAGCACAUACAAUAAAAUCUCCCAGAACCAAAGUGGCCCAAGCAGCUUAUAUGUUAGCCUCUCAAUGCAGAUGGUGCCUUACUGGUACACCAUUGCAGAAUAAUUUGGAGGACCUUUACAGUCUUCUUUGCUUCCUACAUGUAGAGCCAUGGUGUAAUCCAAAUUGGUGGCAGAGGCUGAUUCAGAGACCUUAUGAGAAUGGCGAUGAGAGGGGAUUGAAAAUUGUGAAAGCUAUUCUUAGGCCACUCAUGCUGAGGAGAACCAAGGAAACAAAAGACAAGCUGGGAAACCCAAUUUUGGUCCUCCCACCAGCUCAUAUUGAGGUUGUGGAAUGUGAACAAUCUGUCGAGGAACGUGAUUUUUAUGAAGCACUUUUCAGGAGAUCAAAGGUUCAAUUUGAUAAGUUUGUGGCACAAGGCAAUGUUCUUAGAAACUAUGCUAAUAUUCUUGAGCUACUUCUUCGGCUAAGGCAAUGCUGUGAUCACCCUUUCCUAGUCAUCAGCAAAGCUGAUACCAAUAAGUAUACUGACCUUGAUGAACUAGCACAACGUUUCCUGGAAGGGGUGCAGAGUGAUUCUGGACGACUCGCUGUGGUACCCUCCCGAGCAUAUGUAGAGGAGGUUGUUGAAGAAAUCCGUCAGGGUGCGACCACAGAGUGCCCUAUCUGCCUUGAGUCAGCAUCUGAUGAUCCUGUUAUCACGCCCUGCGCGCACCGGAUGUGCCGUGAAUGCCUUCUUUCUAGCUGGAGCACCCCAGCCGGGGGGCCAUGCCCGUUGUGCCGAAGCCCCGUCACCAAAGAUCAGCUCAUUAAAUUGCCUGGCAAGUGCCGCUUCGAGGUGGAUGCCAAAAACAACUGGAAGGAUUCAUGCAAGGUGGCCAAGCUUAUCAUGACCUUGGAGGGCCUUGAGAAGAAGAGGGAGAAGAGUAUUGUGUUCAGCCAGUUCACAUCUUUCUUUGAUCUUCUGGAGUUCCCCUUCAAUCAGAAAGGGAUCAAGUUCUUGAGGUUUGAUGGGCAGCUCAGCCAGAAGCACAGGGAGAAAGUACUUAGGGAAUUCAGUGAAAGCCAGGACAAGAUGGUGCUAUUAAUGUCACUCAAGGCUGGAGGUGUAGGUCUGAAUCUAACUUCUGCCUCCAAUGUCUUCCUCAUGGAUCCAUGGUGGAAUCCUGCAGUGGAGGAGCAGGCUAUCAUGCGAAUCCACCGCAUCGGGCAGAAAAGAGAGGUCCAAGUGAGGCGAUUCAUCGUCAAGGAUACGGUGGAGGAGCGGAUGCAGCAGGUGCAGGCUCGCAAACAGCUGAUGAUCUCUGGAGCGCUGACGGAUGAUGAGGUCCGCAGCUCGCGCAUCGAGCAGCUCAAGAUGUUGUUCAAGUGAUCUCUGGCUGACCGCGGAAGGUUGUGUAUAUAUAGUUGGUAGUCUUGGUAGUAGUUAGUACCUAGUAAUCUCCCUUGGGGAAGGAAGAUGAGCAGAGGUGGUUUUGGGUUCAGACCUUGGUGAAUGGGGGAUGAAGAACCAUUCCUCCACAUUUUGUUGGUAUGAUUAAUCCUCGUGCUAAUGUAUAUUUUGGUCUCAUUAUCGGACUAUCUAUUAUGAAUGAGAAGGCCUGGCCUGUGCUAAAAUCCCAAUCCA